AUGCCACCAAGUAGCGUCCAGUCGACGUCUCUGAGCGUCGCACAGGAGACGUUAUUAAACGUAUUAGAGCGCCACGUGCAGCUCAAGACACAAGCGGAGACUCAUGCAUCAAUUUUACGUCUCCAUCGACGUCCAGAGACGCUCAAGACAUUGCGGGAGUUGUUUCAAACGCAGCAAAUGUCCAAGAAGAAUCAGACGAAAAGUCCCGUUCAAUUGGACCCUUCAUUUGUCCAUCUAACGAGUCACGUCCAAGUUGUUACUAAAACGCAAGCACUUUAUCGUACUUUUGAGACCAAUUUACAGCAAAUUGAAGCACUGGAUGCCCGUGUGGCUGUAAUUGCUGCUCCAAUGCCUCAUUUUACAGCAAUUGACACAAUUGCCCAAGCGCUUGGCUUUGGUGUGAAAUUUGCAACACCUUCGAAUGACAAGAAGUUGUCGAAUCAAGUAGAAACAACACGAGGAACAGGAGCUUCUUUCAAGAAGAAGGGAACAAAAUCAAGUCAAGCAGUGCAAGUUUAUCAGCAUCGACGAGAGAUCGAUCCAACUACAAAAGGUUUUGAACAAGCACUGGAGAAAAUUGACACGUCGGUCGCAUUUUUAACAAAACAUGCAGAAUAUAAGGACUCGGCGUGCUAUAUUGACGCGUAUCGGACACUUGCAGCAGGCGGAAUUCAAGCGCUGAAAGACUAUGCACUCAGUGGUCUUGAUGCAGCAAAGGAUGCAGUGUACGAGGCCUUGCAGAAAGAAGUAAUGAAGUCGCAGCACAGCAGUGGGACAACUUUGUCAGUCGGGCAACUGGAUGAAACCUCGGCAUUUUAUUUGAAUUUUCAACUGGUAGCGCCCGCGCUUGCAGCAGUAGCAAAACAACUUGAACGUUUAAAUGCUCUUCCGCCGCAGGAUAGUGCCGAGAAUUUGCGUGUGCUAGGAGAGGUGGUCGAUGCGUAUGCUUCUCAGCGUGUACAGCUGCUAUCGCCCGUGUUUGGCACGUGGCUAAGUGCUCUGUCUCAAACGUCGGAUAUCGUAAAUGUGCUCCGUGCAACAUGUGCUCAGCUACUCAAGGUAUGUGAGGCAGAGCUACGACUCUUUCUGAAACUUUUUGGCCACGAUCCGAGCGACGAGCUCUUCGUCUUCUCAGGUAUCGAUAUUGCCCACAUAUCCGAGCCUGAAGAGAGAGAGGAUGACAUUGAGAACGCCUUCGAACGACUUAUUUUCCAGCUUAGCGGAUUAUUGUACAACACUAUGCGUCCUCAAGUUUUAAUUCAACAGGAUCUGGAAGUAUUAUGUGAGGUCAUUCAGAUAUUACGGAGCGAAGUGAUCGAGGCAGCAAUUACUCCGCGUGUAGCUCUUGUGGGUUAUGCCGAGCCAGUGAUGCACCGUAUGAUUCAAGAUGCACAGGAGCGACUCAUCUUGUGCAUGCAGAAAUAUAUUCGCGACGAAAUCGAAGGCUUUGUGCCCACCCCCGCUGAUCUAGACUACCCGGCGAAGUUAGUGACCGCAGAGCAGACUAGUGCGUCGUUAUAUGCUACAUGGUACCCUUCGCUGGAACACACCUUGAUGUGUCUGUCAAAGGGAUAUCAUUAUGUCAAGAUGGAGAUUUUUGAGGAAUUGGCACAGGACGCCAUUCAAAUUUGCGCAGCGUCCUUAAAAAUGGCUUCAGCUGAAAUUACAGCGACUCAGGGUGGUCUUCAUGGCUCGCUUUUUCUGGUCAAGCAUCUGCUCACAUUACGCGAGCAGAUAACUCCGUUCGAGAUUCAGUUUGCACAGACCAGCAAGGCGCUAGACUUUACUAGCAGCGCGGAUGCCAUGAAUGAGCUGCUUGCGGAUACAUCGACACUGUUUCGUUUCUCGGGACCGAAUGGCAUUAUGGGUCUCUUUGUGCGUGGUAUACCUCAUAUCCAGGAGACUACAGCAGAUGUGAAAAAGAAGCUUGAGCACGAGCUGAAGAAGAGUUGCACGUGCUUCAUUGAAAUUGUGCUGCAGCAGUUGGCCGGCCCACUGCUCACGCUGAUGAAGCAGGUCGCCCAUGUACAACACACACAAAAAGCCACGGCACUUGACUUUCGUCAAUGUGCCUUUGCUGCACCUACCGAGGUGAACAAUGUGCUCGUGGAUGUCUCUCAUCAGUUGCGCGAUACGUUGCCAGACAUUCUACAGACGAUUCACCUUUAUCUUCGCAACUCAUCCACCGAGACGAUCCUGUUCAAGCCCGUUCAGAGAAACCUGCUGGCCGCUGUGGAAAGUCUCAACUCGCUGAUGGAGCAAAUAUAUACCCGUGACGAGCUUCAGCCAUGCGAAGAAGUGUUUGAGAUUGUGCUGCAACAGUUGCGUGCACUUUAA